GUGGAGGGGAGUCGCAUGUCUCCGCGCUCUACUCGGGAUAUUCUCUUCACUUGGUCGUUUGAGCGCUCCUUCUGUCUCCAGUCCUGUCUAUCUUCUCCUGUCUCCAGUCCUUUCUCCCCCCGCGCUCUUUUAAUCCGUGUCGCAGUGAGAGAAAGGCAGAAGGGGAAGAGGGCGCAGAGAGAAUAGGGAACCGGUCCCCGCAUCAUUCCAGAUGGCUGCCUCUGAAUCGGUAGAUGAGAUUGGGCUCUCGGGUUCAGAGCUGUGAGGAGCUGCUGUUCCGGAGAGAGAGAGAGAGGCGGCUCUGCUCUCACUGCUUCCCGCGCAGCAGUGCCUCGGCUUCGGCUUAAGGUUUGUUGGGUGUCAGGAGGAAUCUCAAGACAUGGAGGUUUGCUAGUUGGAUGAAGGAUUUUGAACAGCUGGUGACGUAGGGCACAUUUUUCCACCCAAACCUCCAUAAGUGGCCUGUCUUGGAAGCGAAUUUACCAGUUUUGUGAGAUGGUCACAUGACUGGAGCAUGAUUACCAAAAAAGCCAAUUUGCAGCUUUAGCCCGCCUCAGCGAACAAUCAGAGACUCCCACCCACACACACUCCCACACAUGUGCUCGGUUUGCCAUGAAUCUGGCCACCAAGCUGCGGAGGAAUCUGAGGAGGCUGGUCAUCCUCCUCGCCACCUUCUGUAUGGUCAGUGUGUUAAUUUCCGCUUACUACCUUUACACAGGCUCCACCCAAGAACUGGACCUUGCAGACCGCGCCAUUGGUCCAGACUGUGCUGACCUCAGGGCGCUUCCUUUCCGACAGUCAGAGCCUAGGACGCCUAAACCAAUCGAUCCAUCACGCAAGGAUCCGGUGGUGCUGGUAUUUGUGGAAAGUCAGUAUUCUCAGCUGGGACAGGACAUCAUCGCCAUUCUAGAAUCCAACCAAUUCCGGUACCAUGCCGAAAUUGCGCCAGGGAAGGGUGAUAUCCCGCCUCUAACGCACAAAGGCCGUGGACGCUAUGCCUUGGUCAUCUACGAGAACCUUCUGAAGUAUGUUGGGAUGGACGCAUGGAAUCGAGACCUUCUGGAUAAAUACUGUGCAGAAUACAGCGUUGGUGUCAUUGCUUUUCACCGUGCAAGUGAAAACUCCCAGCCUGCACUGCAGCUGAGGGGUUUCCCUCUGACACUAAGAACAAACGUCGCACUUCGAGAUUGUUGCGUGAAUCCACGCUCACCUCUGCUCUACAUAACACGGGCGGAAGUGGACCGAGGCCAUUUACCGGGAGAGGAUUGGACUGUGUUUCAGUUCAACCACUCCACGUAUGAACCCGUUCUACUGGCUAAAACUCGGCCUAGGGAGAAUGGGGCAGCCCAGAUCAUCCCAGGCCCACAGGGUCUCCAUGCUACCAUCGUGCAGGACUUGGGACUCUACGAUGGGGUGCAGCGCGUGUUGUUUGGACAUGGGCUGAACUACUGGUUACAUAGACUUAUACUGGUGGAUGCCAUCGCAUUUUUAACAGGCAGGAAGCUUUCGCGAUCUUUGGAGCGCUACAUCCUGGUGGACAUAGAUGAUAUUUUCGUGGGCAAGAAAGGCACAAGAAUGAACGUGAAUGAUGUCAAGGCUCUUCUAGAAACGCAGAACACGUUGAGGUCGUACGUCUCCAACUUCACCUUUAACCUGGGAUUUUCUGGGAAAUUCUUUCACACAGGUACGCAGGAGGAAGAUGAAGGAGAUGAUCUGUUGCUGAAAUAUGUUGAUGAAUUCUGGUGGUUUCCUCAUAUGUGGAGUCAUAUGCAGCCUCAUCUCUUCCACAAUGAAUCCUCUCUGAUGGAACAAAUGAUCCUGAACAAAGACUUUGCUUUGGAGCAUGGUAUUCCUGUAGAUCUGGGAUAUGCAGUGGCUCCUCAUCAUUCUGGAGUUUAUCCAGUGCACAUUCAGCUGUAUGAGGCUUGGAAGAAAGCAUGGGGAAUACAAGUGACCAGCACCGAGGAAUAUCCACACCUCAAACCUGCACGUCACCGCAAGGGGUUCUUUCAUAACAACAUCAUGGUUCUGCCCCGUCAGACAUGUGGUUUAUUCACACACACCAUCUUCUAUAAAGAGUAUCCAGGUGGCCCUAAAGAACUAGACAAAAGCAUUCGAGGAGGAGAGCUCUUUCUGACCGUCCUACUAAAUCCUAUCAGUAUAUUUAUGACUCAUCUCUCCAACUAUGGAAACGACCGAUUGGGAUUAUAUACGUUCACUAAUCUGGCAAACUUCCUAAAAUGCUGGACCAACCUGAGGCUGCACACCCUUCCUCCAUUGCAGCUCGCGCACAAGUACUUCACACUCUUCCCGGAGCAGAGAAACCCACUGUGGCAGAACCCAUGCGAUGAUAAACGGCAUAAGGACAUCUGGUCCAAAGAGAAGACCUGCGACAGGCUGCCCAAAUUCAUGGUGGUCGGGCCUCAGAAGACAGGCACGACGGCUCUCUACCUCUUCUUGAUCAUGCAUCCCUUCAUCUCCAGCAACUUCCCCAGUGUCAAAACAUUCGAGGAGGUUCAGUUUUUCAACACCAACAACUACCAUAAAGGCAUCGACUGGUAUAUGGAGUUCUUUCCAGUUCCCUCUAAUGUCAGCACCGAUUUCCUGUUUGAGAAAAGUGCAAAUUACUUUCCAUCAGAGGAGACUCCCAAACGAGCCGCUGCUCUCCUUCCCAAAGCCAAGAUCCUCACGCUGCUCAUCAACCCUUCAGACCGGGCAUACAGCUGGUACCAGCAUCAGAGGGCUCAUGAAGACCCAGCAGCUCUGCAGUUCAGUUUCUAUGAGGUGAUUUCAGCAGAUAAUCAGGCUCCUCCUGAGCUGCGCUCUCUGCAGAACCGCUGUCUCAUACCCGGACUCUACGCCACACACCUGGAGAGAUGGCUUACAUACUACCCUCCUAACCAGCUGAUGAUUAUUGAUGGACAGCAGCUGAGAAAUGACCCAGCUAAAGUGAUGGACGAGCUUCAGAAAUUUUUGGGUGUCACUCCAUAUUACAACUACUCCCAGGCGCUGACGUUUGAUCCUCAGAAGGGCUUCUGGUGUCAGCUGUUGGAAGGGGGCAGAACUAAGUGUUUGGGGAAGAGCAAGGGCCGCAAAUACUCACCCAUGGACUCUGAGUCACGAGCGUUUCUCUCCAGAUACUACAGGGAUCAGAACAUUGAAUUAUCUAAGCUGCUGCACAGACUGGGUCAACCGUUACCAGCCUGGCUCAGAGAGGAGCUCCAGAAGGUCAGGUAGCCCAAACCAAACCAGCGCCCCUCUGGGUCAAAGGUCCAGUUUCACCCCUCAAAGAAAAAAGUGGACAAUUGAACAAUACCUGCAAGGUCAAAAAUUCAACCCACCAAUCAGUGGAAGCAGUGUGAUCAUCCAUAGUGUUUUUGGAUGAUCAAAAAGGUCAGAUUUUUUGGGGGGAGAUGGUGAUGUUACUGUGACCCUUGAACUUCAAAUGCAGCCAGACAAAAUCUGCAUAAUGACUUAAACGAAAUCAAAUGUAAACCUCGACACACUUCCUGCUAUAUUUACCAUCGCUCCAUCAGACACUGGAUAUAAAAGUAUGGCUUUAGAUUUUAUACGUCAUCAUUGAGAGAUUUAGAAGUGCACAACUACUGUUCAUAACCUCACUCUUGCGAAUAUAUCAGUCAAUCAAUCUAUCAGCCAAUCAACGCGAAGAUGCAAAGUGAUAUGAAUCAACAUGGAGAGAUGGAGAGCACGGUUUGCUGCGUCAGAUUUAAACCGGUCAAUGGAGUGAUGUCAUUGUGAUGUCAAUGUCUCAGUCCACGUCCCCAAUUACUGUUGUUAGAGGAUGAGCUGAAGAGAAACCAUUUCAGUUUGUGUGUGCUCGCGUGUGUGGGAGGAGUGUGUGUGUGUGUGUGUGUGUGUGUGUGUGUGUGUGUGUGUGUGUGUGUGUUCGUGCGAAUGGGCAUAUGUCUGUUGCCAGGUAGCCUUAGCCCCGCCCACUGGACUGCAACUGGUUGGCUGAUGAAUUUGAAGUGUGACUUUUAUUUUUGAAAACAAUUUGCCUCAAUACAGUGAUAAAGUGCUUUGAGAAAUAUGUAAAUAACUAUAUAUAUAUUCAAUAAACA